AUGACUUCGAAUCGAUUUUCGAAACCGCUGACUGAGUCAUUAACAAGUCGUCUCAGAAAUUUAAAAACAUCCCAAGCAUUCCAAAUGGCACUCUAUCUGGAUCCCCGUCGGAAUUACUUGAAUUCAAAACUUUUCAGCAACCAUGAGAAGCAAUACAUCCAGUCCUGCAUUAGGGAUACCUGGAAUAGGAUCAGUGAACUGAAACCAUCGACAUGUCGCAACGAAAUUAUGCAAAGUGAGGCCAACAACAGCAGCCAAUUUGAUGAGUUCCUCACAGAGCUUUUUGGUGGCACCCUUUCAACAUCGAAUAGCUCAAAUGACUCAACAUUUGAACAGCAAUUGAAAGCGCUAGAUGCAGAAUUGCGGCAAAACCAUACUUUUGAUGUGUUUCAGUAUUGGCUGAUGCGACGAGAGACACAUCCAGAACUCUUUAAUGUAGCUAUGGUUGUGCUUGCUACUCCAUCAAACCAAGUCUCUGUGGAACGUGCGUUUAGCGCACUUGCCCUGGUCCUAACAUCUCAUAGAACUGGCUUGGGGCCAGGUGCAUUGGAUGACAUUUUACUUCUAAAGCAGAAUCGCAACAUUUUCGAAAAGGUGUCCGCAUCUCACGAUUGGGUCAGCAUUCUUGGCAGCGUUAAAAUUCAUAAAUUACUUCCUUGAACGAACACGAUCCCAGAAAAACACUUUAACAUAACAUAACAUAUCUGAAUAAAGCCAUGAAUUGAA